AUGGAUAGGAUGUUUGAUGAAUUUGCAAAUCUCUGGAUGAAAAUGAAGAUUCAAGUUAAAACCAAAGAAGAUCUUGAUUCAAAACAGUACAUAUUCAGACCUCGUGCUUUUGACAUUAAAGAUGUCAUUGAAAUGGACGUAUCUACCCUCGAAAGUUCGAUUGCCAAUGAAGCUUUCUCAGAGUGGAAGGAGUUGGCUUCAGAGGAAGUAUCUGUUGAAAGUGAAAAGGUAUGCAUGCUGUUUAGAUUUAAUUUAGGGUGGACUUGUAACAUGAUUGGUUUAUUACUUAGAGAUUAUGAUGGAAAAGUUACUCAUGAGGAAAUGGCAUCUGCAGCAAUAUACUUGAAAGAUACUUUAGGCAAGGAAGGGGUUCAGGAGCUUAUCACCAACCUUUCCAAAGAUAAAGAUCACCCUCGUUACUUUACAACUUGUAAAAAUUUACUCCAAAACAGAAUGCACUUGAUUCCCAAAGAUAAAGUUCCAUUCAUUUGGCAACCAAACAAAGCUCAAAUUCCAAUUCCUUCAAAAUCCACACCACACCCUAAUAACUUUGUCUUUAUACCCGACAACUUGACUUGUUUUGGUAUGUGUAUUACCCGGCUUAGAGAAAUGGUUGCAAGAGAUGAGUUCGGAAGAAGAAGAAACAAGGCUGCAACUAUAGUUCAGUCUUAUGGCGAGUUUGGUGAUGAUCGUAGAGUUUCAUCUCCUUGGAUUUCGGAAUAUGAUCAACCAUCUAGGGCAGACGAGGUCGAUAAUUGGGCAGUGACGAAGAAACCUAUGAUGCCUACUUAUGACGAGAUUUCUAGAGAUGAAGAGAUUGAUAAUUGGACGGCGAGCAAGGAGCCCAUGCCACUCACCAGGUCUUCUAAUUCCGGUCCUGGUUUUCGAGAUUCCGGUGGUUCUGAAGACGAUCAUUGGAAAUAG